AGCGUCAAAGGCAGGAUUCUCUUUCAGGUCUCUCAAUCUCCAAGUCUCGGGCGGUAGCGUCUUCGGGCGGAACUCCUGGAGGGCGGAACUACAAGCAUAUGGGAACAAGCAUUCGGAGGUAGAAGCGAGAAUGAACAACUUGAGGGGUGGGGCUUCGCUUUUUCUCCCUAUAGUCUCGGGCUUUGACUACAGUCGGGCAGUCUCGUCUCGCUUCGGCGGGACUCGGCUCUUAUAACUCCUCCUCCCCUCUCCCCUUGUCGGAACUUCGCCAUGGCUCAGAAGCCGCAGCUCCGCGGAAUGACCAGCCUGCGCUUCAACCAGGACCAGAGUUGUUUUUGUUGUGCCAUGGAGACAGGCGUCCGGAUCUACAACGUGGAGCCGCUGAUGGAGAAGGGUCACCUGGAUCACGAGCAGGUGGGCAGCGUGGCGCUGGUGGAGAUGCUCCACCGCUCCAAUCUGCUGGCCAUAGUGGGCGGCGGCGGCAGCCCCAAGUUCUCCGAGAUCUCGGUGCUAGUGUGGGACGACGCCCGCGAGGGCCGAGAUAGCCAGGACAAACUGGUGCUCGAGUUUACCUUCACCAAGCCCGCCCUGGCCGUGCGCAUGCGGCACGACAAGAUCGUCAUCGUCCUGCGAAACCGCAUCUACGUCUACUCUUUCCCCAACGACCCGCAGAAGCUAUUCGAGUUCGACACCCGAGACAACCCCAAGGGCCUGUGCGACCUCUGCCCCAGCCUGGAAAAGCAAUUGCUGGUGUUCCCGGGCCACAAGUGCGGCAGCCUCCAGCUCGUGGACCUGGCGAGCACCAAGCCCGGCACUUCGUCGGCACCCUUCACCAUCAAUGCGCACCAGAGCGAGGUGGCCUGCGUGUCCCUCAACCAGCCGGGCACCGUGGUGGCGUCCGCCUCGCAGAAAGGCACCCUCAUCCGCCUCUUCGACACACAGACCAAGGAGAAGCUGGUGGAGCUGCGGCGCGGCACCGAUCCGGCCACCCUCUACUGCAUCAACUUCAGCCACGACUCCUCCUUCCUCUGCGCCUCCAGUGACAAGGGCACCGUCCAUGUCUUCGCCCUGAAAGACACCAGACUCAACCGAAGAUCCGCCCUGGCUCGAGUGGGCAAGGUGGGCCCCAUGAUCGGCCAGUACGUGGACUCGCAGUGGAGCUUGGCCAGCUUCACCGUCCCCGCCGAGUCCGCCUGCAUCUGUGCUUUUGGCCGGAACACGUCCAAGAACGUCAACUCCGUCAUUGCCAUCUGCGUGGACGGUACCUUCCACAAGUACGUCUUCACCCCCGAUGGGAACUGUAACCGGGAGGCCUUCGAUGUGUACUUGGACAUCUGCGACGACGAUGACUUCUGAGAGACCCAGCCUCCCGCUCCUCCUCACCCCCCACCUCGCUGGGGGCCUUCUCGCUCAUUCAGGUAUUGCCUGGAUGAUAUCCUUACACCACUUCUUACAUGCAGGUAGGUCAUUGUUGGAAAUGGUGCUUUGGCCUACUUGUGCUCACCACGCACCUCUCCAUUGCCUUUUAGUUGACCUGCAGUUUUGAUUUGCCGGAGAUUGUGAUAUUCCAGCAUUCACAGCCAUACCAUACAGCAUCGCCAUGAAAACUAGUUUUUGAAAGCUGGGAUUUUGUGUCAAGGAGCAGCUUGGUAUCAUUUAAAGGACUGGAAUUUUUCAAGUGCAAUGCAGCUUGCUCUCUUGCAGCUAUUCAAUUCUGAGCCUAACUUAUUGACCAGUGAGCGGCAUAUCAUAAUCUGGACAAUAGGACUUUUUGGUGCCUUUGUAUUUUCUUGUACUCUUGUUUGAGUAAUCAUGGAUCUCAUUGAAGAAGCUUAAUUGGGACUUGACACAAUCAGUAUGAUAUUAUUCUAAAAGAGGAACAUCUGGAGUACCUAAUUCUAAGGCAUUCCAGAAGCAUCUACAUGGACCCCAAUCAGAAUAUCCUCCAUGAUGGUGGCAAACACCUUUAGGAAGCCUUCUGUUUUAUGCUUUACUUCACAUUAAUAAUCAGAGGGUUAUUGAACAGUUAUUUGUGUUUGCAUUUAACAAAUCAGAUUUUGGAUGAUCUUUAACACAUACAUGAGAAUCUUCUUGUGGGAGGGGACCUUUAAAGGUUGUGUUUUGCCUUUUUUUAAUCAGCAAACAAUAAAUAUAAUGAGAUCUUUUAUCCUUUGUAAAUUUCAGUUAAUCAUGUGACUAGAAAUGUGAGUUUUUCUAAACAUGAGAAAAUAGUUACAUAGGUUGGUAACUGUUCUCUUAUUUACUUUAUGGGGUAUAAUUUUACUGUCAGUGAUUUCUUCUCUUUUUAAUAUCUUUGCCGUCUCCUGAAAUAACUUGUAAAAUUAUCUCUCAAUGCUUUCAAAAUUGUAACAUCUUCAUCUUUGAUCCAACCAGUCUUGAUCUUACAUUCCAGGGCUGCUUUCUCAUAUAGUUUUGAGAACUCAGGUAUUAAGAGUCCAAAGUGGUGGUUCCACUGUCAUUGGUGAUAAAAAUAGAUAAUUACAAAAUUACUGACGGUAUGUUCUGUUUUCUGUUAUCUUCUGUCAGUUUCAUCUGUCAAUACUCUUAAGGCUAUCCUCAAUAUCACUUAUUUGGAUCUGUUGCCAAACUUUUUACAAACUUGCCUCUAAUGCUUUUUUGCCAUUUUUAUAAGGUGGUAUUGGCCAUAAUCUUUUGAAGUUUUAAUACUUUUUUCCAUUUUAUUAAAACCUUUUUUU